GCCUCUGACGUUUUUGGCUAUACUUUCGGUUUCCGGUGAUCGGUGACGAUAAUUGUUUGAUACCCCUCCCUCCACCACUGCUAGCCUUCAGGCAAAACUCUGCGACCGUGAAUGUUUCACACAUAUCACACACCGCUGCCCCCCUCAAAAACGCGUAACGCAUAAAUAAUCAAGUAAUUUCCAUGCUGAAGCUGUGUUCAACCUGUCGGAAUCGAACAGUGUUCUUCCUUUAAUACAAUAUGGCUCAUCGCAAGCAGAAAACCGAAACCCGAAACCAGUACCGCAAACCCAUUAUCAGCUCCAAUUGCGCAUCCGACAGUCAAAGAUAAACAUCCGUAUCAAUGCGAUCCACUUCCAGCGAUAAGAUCUCGAUCGAUCGAAGCGAUCUCUCCUCACUCUAUCUAACUAUCUGUGACACAAUGCCCGGCACCUCGUAUCCCACGAAUAACGAUAAUUUCAGCCACGGCUUCCCCAUGGCCACCACACAGAGCGAACGCCUGCUGCAGGCCCAGAAUCGGCGCAAGUUCAGCUUCCCGGCCACGCUCCACUCCGCCUCGCUGCUGGAGGUGGGGCAACGCGAGACGACCCGGCGGCGCCUCAGCAAUGUCAGCGACGUUGUCACCAGGAAACUCUCCUACACCAUUGGCUGGAAGGCGGCACAGAUUCCCGCCCAGGACAUCAUAACGCAGGGCCGCUGUCUGUGCGGGCACUACAUCAAGCGACGCCUGAGACGAUCUGGUUUGUUCAACAAGAAGUUGGGCCUGCAGCGAAUACGGAGUAUCCUGGGCUCCACCUCCAUGGGCAUUGUGCGGGAUGUCUUUCCAGCGGUUCAGGUGCUUGGCGACGAACUGGAACGGAUGCAUCCCCGUGCCUAUAACGGCGUCGCCCGUCAGAUUUGUCGCAAUCCUGGGGGCGAGUUCCACACACCCGAUGCUGUCAGCCUGCUCCUAGGGGCGGUGGGUCGGGAUCUGUUCCGGGCGGACAUCACCUGGAGCAAGGUGAUCUCGCUGUUUGCCAUUGCCGGCGGCCUGUCGGUGGACUGUGUGCGGCAGGGGCAUCCCGAGUACCUGCCCAAGCUGAUGGAGAGCGUCUCGGAGGUGAUUGAGGAUGAGCUGGUGCCCUGGAUCAAUGAGAACGGUGGCUGGAGCGGCAUCAAUACCCAUGUCCUGCCCACGACGAACAGCUUGAAUCCGCUCGAGUGGACGACGCUGGUGAUAGGUGUGGUUUUUGGCCUAAUUCUGCUUUUUAUGUUCUUACGUUUUAUAGUAAGCACGAUAAUACCGAAAAUAUAUCAACGAUUUACGAACUGAAUGCAAA